CAGGACCGUAGUACCUACACCUUCUUCCUAUAUAUAUCGCUCCCUCUUCCCCUCCCCCUCCGCCCCCAAAAAAAACUACUUCAUCUUCCUAUCUUCUUCCAGUCCCGCUCCAGUUCCCAUCCCAGUCAUCCGUUCGACCUUCCAGCGCCCUCGUCCGUAUCUGUUUAUCUGUCCGCCUGCCCGAAAAGGAACGAGAUAGAACGUAAAUCCAAACAUCUGCCUCGUCCUCAGCCAAACAGCGACCAGCAACCAGUCUCAUGCUUUCCACCUUGAACGCCGCUCUAGUCCAAUUCAACCAUACCAUGUCCUCCACAUUAAACCCCCAGAGGACCACCACCACCACUACUGCCGAGUCCACCACUAUCACGACCGACACCUGCGUCGUCCCUAACAUCGCCACCCAAGUUCAGGCUCUCCAAAUCAAAACCACAGCCUCCAGUGCUUCAAGUUCCGAUGAAAAGAACAGCCACCACCAUCAUCACCUUCUCCACAAGUACAGGAGCAGCGACGAAGAGCCCGAUGGGGACGAGGACGAGGACGAGGAGGACGAUGAUGCCUGCUGUCCAAGAUCCCCUGUAACCUUCGGGCCCAGUCCUACAGUCGGAGUCGACCAUAACCUAUCCCGUCUGCUCAAGAACAAUCGCAUGUGGUCCAAAGCCAUCCGUGAACGCCAGCCUGAUUUCUUUGAGAAGGGCUCGAAGGGUCAGCAGCCCAAGGUUUUCUGGAUCGGUUGCUCAGAUUCGCGUGUGCCUGAAAACGAACUCCUUCAGCUUGCCCCGGGUGAGGUCUUCACGCACCGCAACAUCGCCAAUGUCGUCGUCAGCACAGACCUGAACUGUCUCUCCGUACUCCAGUACGCCGUCGAUGUCCUUAAAGUUGAGCACGUCGUCGUCUGUGGCCAUUAUGGUUGUGGCGGUGUCGCUGCGGCCCUGGGUGAUCACUCCUACGGACUCAUUGACCACUGGCUCGCGAACAUCAAGGAGGUCAAGCAACAGCAUUUCCGCAAUCUCGACACCAUCAAGGACCAAGAAGAAAAGUGCCGAGCCCUUGUUGAGAUCAAUGCCCGGAAUUCGGUCCUGACCGUGGCCAAAUCGCCCAUCAUGAGAGCCGCUUGGGAGCGUGGACAGUCUGUCGAGAUCAUCGGUAUGGUGUACGAUAUCCAGACCGGAUUGCUCUCUGAGCUGGGGUACCACAUCAAGAGCUCCGAGCAAUUGGCCGAGCAACUGAAGGUGGACUCGGAUACGCUGUUCGCGACUCGCAAGGGGAUUACUCUGCAGCACUAGAUAUUUCGGUACUAGAGUGUCAUUUAGAGCCGAUGCCCUCCCCUCCUCCUCUCUCACUCUUGAUAGGCACCCCCCCCCCCCCCCCCCUCCC